CCCGAUAUCAACUAAGUGUGCAAACAUUAAGUCCGCAGUUAUCUGGUUUUAUAGUGAAGUGAAAACCCUCCAUCCGAGCACCGGUCCAUCCGAGUACCGGUCCAUCCGUCUCCCUCCUCCGGUUCUGCACCGGUCAGACUUGGGAAGAGCAACAGCCUUUUACCGGCGCAUCAGUGAGGUAGAGAAGCCCUACAUCUAGCUGCAGCCAUGGAUGAGAUGGACCUGCCCCAGAUGAAGAAGGAGGUGGAGAGCCUCAAGUACCAGCUGGCCUUCAAACGAGAGAAGUCCUCCAAAACGGUGACCGAUUUGGUAAAGUGGAUAGAGGACGGCGUCCCGGAGGAUCCCUUCCUGAACCCGGAGCUGAUGAAGAACAACCCGUGGGUGGAGAAAGGAAAGUGCAUCCUUCUCUAGAAGAACCCCACCACCACGACCUCUCACCUUUAACCACUCUGACCAACACCCACCUACAGAUGACCCCCCCUGGACCUGACCCUCCUGUCCCUGGCCUGUGACGGCCACAGCGGGAAAGCGCCUCCUAACCUCCUACCUUGAAUGUACAACAGCUGAUGUCCGCCCCCAGACUUCCCCGAACACGCACUUCGACAAGGGCACAGAGACACACGCACACACUCCAAACUCUGGGUUUUUCCCCCCGACCGCAACACAUCCGCUUCAAAUUUAUUCCUGCCACGGCGAAUGCAUAUUAUAUAUGAUGAUCAAUACUCCUAUUACAUGUCUCUGUAUGAUAUAUGAUGACUUAUUUAUGCAGCUGCCAGUCGACACGCUUUCUACAAUCUCUACUCUUCAUUGUGAGCAUAACAGCUUUUUUUUUUCUUCCAUUUUUUGUUGAGUGGUAAUUAACUGUAGUCACAUUCUUGCUGCCAGACUGACCGUAGAUCUGCUGAGGGGGGAACUUUGAGAUGUAAACCACUUGCUCUUACAAAAUGAUCAUAAAAACCAAAACAAGGUUUUGGUAAUUUUUUUAUAUAAAAGUCAAGAAAUUGCGUAAGUCUGUGGUUGACAAACUAAACUCAACUACAAGAACCUAUAAUGAUUCAUUAUUAAAUAAAAAGGUACAGUAUACUUAUACACCAAUAAUUUGCUUUUAUUGCCUUACAGACAAUGGUAUAUAUUAUAGGACCCAUAGAACUUACAUGUAAAAGGACAUUACGACUUGUGACUGUAGUAAUGUGUGAAUCAGGGUUGGUGGUCUUGCACGGCAAAAACGCCAGAAGAAGAAAAGCUUGAGCACUGUAGGGGUUUAACUACGAGAAUAACAGUUCAGCUAGCUAGCUAAACUAUCCGUAACAUAACACAAACACAUGGAUAUUUCGUAUUACAUGGUUUGAGCAAUUGGAUUUCAGGCAAACUUGAAAGCGUCUUGGAUGCAUAUCUGACAGCGAUCAAAUAUGGUGACGUCGUCUGCAUAUAAUGCAAGCCCUUGUUACAUUAUGAACUUCAUUUUUAUCAAUUUUAAAUCUUUAUAGGUUCUCGUGCUGCAUUUACAAAUUAUUAACUAAUUACAUAACUAUGUUAGUAUUUUAACCACAAACCUAAAGAACAAAUUAUGCUACUGUCACAGAUCAGUUUUUUUUAAAGAUAAAAAGACGAAUUCCGACGAUUUGUUGAGUGGAAACAUGCUUAUUAAAGAUGUCAGUAUGCUUGACAGGAAGUAGUUAGCGCGUUGUGUCGUCUGACCAUGUUGGAAGGAUCGAGGCUGUUCCAUAUAGGCCUGCCGUCCUAGAGACAAGUUUGGAACGAACAUGCAGGAGCUAAGAAGAACGGUUCAUCGUGACAGCGAAAUUGUGCAACUCCGAACAGUUGUGAUUUUGUUUUGAUUCCAAGCGACUCAAAAAGCUUGUUAUCGCAUUUAAAUUCUGAAGACGAGAUCUGCAACUGGUGUUGUUUUUGACCCGGUGUCAUUAGGUCAGAAAGUGUCAUAGCAGCUCUGUUUGUGUUGUCAGACUAGAAGGGAGCUAUGUGUCUCUGGGGGUUGUUUGGGUUGAGUUUACUGCUCCACCUCCUUAGCGACAGCCCCCGAAGACAACACACAGAAACACGCUCACACUCCACAUCAGACCAAACCGUGCGCACACACAUGUACAGACAGACCCCUUUAACUUAACUUAUUAACUUAUUGAUCUAUACUUGCGUGGUUUAUUUAUUUAUUUAUUUAAUGAUGAGACCUUUCUGUCACCUUAGUUUUUGUGUCCCAUGUCUGCACCCCCUCUUCCUCAUAACACAACUCAAAAAAAAUUAAAAAAAGACUACACCUUGCCAGAUCACCAUCUACUACUGCCUUGUACACAGUUUCCUUAAAACGAGAAUGUAAAUACGUGGCAUAAAAACCACUGACCUCAGAGCUGGCCUGCGUGUGCGUGCACGUGACUGUAAUUGUGUGGUUUUCUUUUUAAGUGCAUACAUUUGGCAAUAGGUUCCAUUGUAGAUUGUGAUCACACACACACACACACACACACACACACACACACACACACACACACACACACACACACACACACACUACAUGCACACACACAUUGGCAGGCCUGAGGCCGAGAAGAUCAACUAAACAUACGCACACACGCUGCUUAUUGAGAAUGUGUAUGAGAGGAGGAGUGGCAAGGAUGUGGGAUUCUCUAGAUGACCUGGGACAGGGGAGCCUCACAUCAUCUCAGUACUGUAACGAGUCUCAUUAUAUACAUUUACUUCUAGUUGACCCGCUUCCCUUAAGGCUACUCUCUGCCUGGAUGAAUUUGGUCCUAUAACAUGUAACCUGAAAUAUUUAAUUUUCCUCUUUUUUUUUUAACUCAAUUUCAAGUUCAAAGUUCAAGUACAAAAUUCUCUUUUACCUACUGAGUGAUGAUUAUGUCCCCUCAGUGUCUGUGACAGUGUCUACCACUGGCUGCUUCUAAAUUGUUUAUGUUUUUAUCAAACAUGCUAGCGUCCAUUUUAGGGGCCGUUCACAUGUUGAAUCUAAGAACGCGUUAAAAACCGUGGGGGGUGGGGGGGUCCUCUCCUGUCGCACAUCCCGUAACUUGGCAACCAGAACCCGGGGAAAGCAACUAAAAUAGUCUUUGGGACGGAUCGUAAAGCUCUGGGUAGACCUAAAAUAACUUCACUAUAUAUUUACCGUGGGCUUAUAUUUAAAUGGAAGAAAGAAAAGCUCUCCGCAGUCUUUAAUUGGUUGUUCCUUGUCACAUGACAUUCUGUGCUGGCUGCGGGCCCCAAAACAUCUAUUUCUUCAUAUCUAUAUAUGAAGAAAUAGAUGUUUGGGAACAGUUGGGAACGAUAGGGAACGUUUGAGCACAGCAAUAGUUUCGCUCUCGCUUUUGAGCGCAGCUUCCACAUGUCAACAAUUGAUUUAAGAGCGCUGCAGAUGCAGCAUGUGAACGUCCCCUUACUCUUAGAUAAACAUGCUCAUCAGAUUCAGAUUCAUUAAAAUACUUUUGAACAAAAAUAGACAUUGAAAAUGUAAUAUUUUAUCACUGUAGCUGAAGUGAGGCCAUAUUAUUUAGAUAUCCAGUACAACAAUAAGCAUAUAUGCAACAUGACGACUCUGAAUGGAGCCAUUUUGGAGGCUCCCUGGUUCACUAGCAUGUAAAGUAUGCACCUCGCUUAUUUUGCUUUUAUUUUACUUUUGUUUUUAAAGGUUUAGGUUGUGGAAAGUACAAUGUGUGUUUACUAGUUGACAGAAUGAUACUCAAGCUUUGCGUUAAAAUAUAGCCUUGUAAUUUCAUGAUAAAUGCAUGUAGGGGGCUAAUGUGAAGUUCUCAGCUUCAGGUUUGUAGCUUUUCCAGUGUUAGGCUUAGGUUUGUUCCCUCUGCCACCAUGAUCUUACAGCUCAACGCUUUAAAACAUAUUGCUCUUACAACACCACUGGAAAAGCAACAAAUGCUGCUCCAAAAGUACGUGAGAGGAUUCCUGAGUCCGCCUGUCCCUUCUCUGUUUUCUGUUCAGCAACUGUAACUUUGUUUGGUUUUGUUUUUAGAUAAUCUGAACGUGCGUACGUAUGUAAGUUAUUACUAUAAUAGUGACAGCAUAAAAUCUUGUCUAAAUAUCUAGCAACAUAUUCCUUGUGAGAGUGCUUUGGAGAAGAAAAAAAAAUAUUAUGCAUCAGAUCAAGUCCUAGUGUAAAGAUGACAAUGAGCAAUAAAUUAAAGAUCAUUUUUUAUUGAAUGUUUUACAAAAACAUUUAUCUUACUGAAUAAAGUAGAAGAUUUUUAGAC